AUACGCAGUCGUAACCCUGAGACUGCUUAGUGUUAUAGCAGCACUUCCAGGAAGAGCUCCUUCUGAAGUCGCUAUUUUAUCGUAAACAUGGGUUAUUUACGAGAGAACCUAUCAAGGGAGUUCAAGUGGAGGCAAGUGUUCCUACAGUAUGAGAGUUCUCAGGACUUCUACUACAGCAGUUGGCAGCGCGGCCGCUCGCUGCUGCCGCUGCUCGUGGCCCGGACCCUCAUCUUCCUCCUGUGCCUGGCCAUCGUCAUAGCAUCCGUGGUGCUGACGGUCAACAUGAACUAUGGAGGGUACUGGCUCAUCUAUAUGACGCACUGGGGGCUGUUGAUCAACACGCUGGCCGCGGGCUGCGGGGUCUACGUGUCGUUGCGAGGGUACUUCGGGGAACCUGCCGAAUCCGGUUUCGAGCUGCCAUGGUAUGUGAAAACCUACUGGGUACUCCACAAUGCUGCUGUCACUAUGGCGCUCCUCAUCUCCAUAUUCUACUGGGCUUUCCUCACUGAUUCAGCCGAAGGCCAAGAGUACGCGGUAGACAAGGUGCUGGACUACUUCAUCCACGCGGUGAACUCGGUGGCCAUGCUGCUGCUGCUGCUGAGCGGCCGCCAGGAGUUCAGGGUCAUGCACGUGCUGCAUGCCUUAGCCUUUGCCACCAUAUUUCUGCUGUUCAGCUUGAUCUACUACGCUGCUGGAGGGACUAAUGGGCUCGGCAACGACUUCAUAUACCCCACGAUGGACUGGUCCCGCCCCGGGUUCUCUGCGCUGAACUCCGUGCUGACCGUCAUCAUGAUCGUGCUGAUCCACCUGCUGGUGGUGGCCGUGGCCGCCGCGCGGGACGGCCUGGGCCGCUGGUGGCGCGGCGGCAGCAAUAAACUGUCUGUGUCUGAAGGGUAUUAGGUGUUAAGUGGUAUGAGAAUGAGAUGAUGCGGCCAGCUUCGGUAGUAGCUUUACUUUUGUAUCUUAUCAAACUUUAAAAUUGUCAUGCUGGUACCAGACUUGUCUAUUCAUAUUUGCAUAUUUGCCAAAACUUUAGUAUAUUCGCCAAACUUAUUGCCGUAUUUGGUUAUAAAAUGCAUAUUUGGCGAAUAAAGCCAAAGCUAAUUUUAGCAAAUACGCAAAACGUGGUAGGUUCCAGCACUACCAGCAUAAAAGGCGGUUUACGAGUUUGGCAAGGUAGCGACAUAAGUUUACAGGUGAUUAUGAAGCUGACUGUAGUUAUUUGUAUUUUUUACGUAAUAAUGUAAUGAUUCAUGAUAAGUUGUUGUGAUAAGCGAUUAAACAUUUCUAAGGAAUGGUUCUUAUCACUAGGAUUUUGUUAGUGAAUAAUGAGCCGGCGGUGAUUGUAAACUAAUUCUGUUAUAGGUACUUGCAUACCUAUAAUAUGUAGGUUGGUAGGUACAAUAGGUUCAUUUAAAAAAAGACACAUAUUGAAAAUGAAAUAAAUAUGAGUCUUUGAUUAAAAUCACACAUCAUUUGAUCACUAUGAUGAUGAUAAAUCAAUAAAAUAGUGGAUAAACUCAAAAAUUUUGAGCUUAUCGACUAUUAAGAGAUUUAAGAGUCUAAAUGAUAAUCCUCUCUCUUAUUUAAUAAGUCUCUCUUACAUACAAAUUUACUAAAUUCAUAUAUGUAUAAAUAUUUUAAGUGUUGUUUAAUAAAUAAUGCUUAGUUAAAGUUUAAA